AUGUUUGCAAUCUUUCUGUUGUCUAUUACCUUGUGUAUCUUCUAUUACUAUACGUUUGUAAUACGUGUCCGAUAUGCGCAGGAUAUUCCCAGUCCGAAGCCAUGCUAUCCGCUGAUAGGAAAUGGGUUAGCGUUUAUGGAACAAUCACCCGUCAAGUUGUUCGAGAACGUAGUACUACCGUUCACACAGUUUGAUAGAUGGUUCAAAGUUUGGCUCGGGCCUCAGCUGCUGCUGUGCACAUCUCAUCCAAUGCUUGCGGAGUCUGUGCUGAGCCAUUCAAAGUGCCUUGAAAAGCCAUUUUUCUACAGUUUUGUGCAGUUGGAGCAAGGCAUUCUGACGCGAAAAUAUAACAAGUGGAAACGCUAUCGCAAGUUAUUGAGUCCGGCGUUUAGUACGGGCAAGGUGAACAAUGCUCUGCCAACAUUAAUUUCCUGUGCUGAUGAGCUCAUGUUAAAACUGCAAUCGAUGGUGGAGAGGAUCGGAACAGUUUCAUUAGCUCCAUUAUUAAGUGAGUGUAUGUUGAAUAUGAUUUUUUCCACCACGCUGGGUGCAAAUGUAGUAGAGCAACACGAGGCGAAUAAUAUUCUGAGGAAUCUUGAUAGUUUGUUUCAGAUGAUAUCUACUCGUGCAAUAAAUGCUUUAUAUCACUACGAUUGGAUUUAUAAGUAUACUAAGAAUUGCAGAAUAGAGACCAACUCGAGAGCCGAAUGCUAUCGUGUAGUGAAUAAGGUUCUCGCAUCUAGAAGGAAAACUUUGGAAUGUUCAGCCUAUGAAGCUGAAGAUUCUCCGGCGAUGUUAGAUCGUCUUCUGACAACAAAAGACGACGGUCCGUUAACAGAUACAGAGAUUGUCCACAACAUUUACUCUAUUGUAGGAGCUGGCAACGACACGACGGCACACGCGCUUGGGCACACUUGUCUAUUCCUUGCAAUGCAUCCCGCCGUGCAGACCCAGUUGUACCAGGAAUUAUGUGAGGUGUUUGACAACCUUGAUGACGCUAUCACAGAGCAAAAGCUUAAGCAACUAAGCUACAUGGAUUGUGUGCUAAAGGAAAGCUUACGCUUAGCUCCACCGGGUGCAACGGUAGCACGCGAGGCUCAAGAAGAUUUAUUUAUCGACGGACAGUUCAUUCCGCGUGGCACAACGGUAGUGGUCAGUCUGUUCGCAUUGCAUCGGCGAAAGGACUUUUGGGGCGAUGACGCUAACCAGUUCGAUCCGAAACGAUUCCUGCCGGAACGAAGCGAAGGAAGACCCUCCUUUGCUUUUAUGCCUUUUAAUACCGGCAGUCGUAAUUGUCUCGGUUCACGAUACGCCAUGCUGAGCAUGAAGGUGAUUUUGACGAUGAUUGUUCGCGCUUUUAAAUUGCACACACAGAUGACAAUGGAGCAAAUGAAGUUCCGGUUCGAUAUUGCUCUCAAACAGGAACAUGGAUAUUUUAUACAGCUUGAACGAAGGAUUUGA